GCAGCAGACCAACCCUGCCGUUUCCUCUAUCUUGUCUCUCUCUCUCUCUCUCUCUCUGAGCCAAAUGAGUAUGUGUGUGUGUGUAUAUAUAUAUGUGUGUGGAAAUAAAAACACACCCUGCUACCAUUGCUACUACUGAGCCUUUCUGACACUGGGCUCUUUUUGGGGGAUUGAAAUCAUCUUCCAACAUAUUGGAUUUAUCCUGCGGAGUGACUUUUUUCAUUGAGGAUAUUAUUUUUUGAUUUUACAUUUUUGAAUUAUUGCUUUGGCAGUAGGAAGUUAAGCAUGUGAGAAGGAGUGGGCGUCUGCUCAUCGAGCACGGGUUUUGUGAAACAAGAGCAGGGAGGCGGAGUGCUAUUGCAGCACUGAAGAUUCUGCUUCCAAGCCACUAGGCUGGAUACUUUAUUCAUGCUCGGGCCAGGAGCGAGGCUACAGGAUUCCAGGCUGUCUUUAGGGCCGGACUUCAGAACCGAACCGCCCUGGAUUUGAGCCCACAGUACUGCAGGCAGACAGGGCUCGGUCUGAUUUGUGGUCUUAAUGCCAUGACCGGUCUGCACCGGGAGAUACGGGAGCAGUUAAAUUCUAAAAGAGGACUCGGUGUUAAAAUCAAAAGGCCGUAAUUAGGCAUUGCAACUUACAGCACAAAAAAAAAAAAAAGGAUUCUGCAUGAAAUAGGCAUCUUGCUUUUUUUUCUGUUCUUUCUGGGGUUAAAUAAUGCACUGAAUCGCAUGCCUGCACAGGAGACGGCUGCCCAAGGUCUGUCUGAAAGCAGAGGGGCUUUCUUUACAGGUUUAUCUACCAUGGCAAAGCCUUUGAUUGCAUGAACUGUGGACACUGCAAUACAAGACAGGAGGUCAGCGGUACAAACAAGGAUCAGUUCGGCAAAUACCAGCUUGGUCAGGAUAUAAACAAAGAGAGCCCUAUGACAAGACGGACAAACAUCUUCUGAAAGCACCAAAAGGGGAGCUUAAAACCCUAUUGGAUUUUGGGUGGCAGCAGUGGAUUAACCGGCAUUUCUAAAUCAGGGCUACAACCGAAAAGAAGACAUUAGCAAUGGCAUGCAAAUACAAGUCCAUCUUCGCCCUUUUCAUCAGAGUUGGGCUCCUGCUCGGCCUGGCCAAUCCAUUGGUGACCUCAGCCUCCUGCCCCUCGCAGUGCCGGUGCGAUGGGACUUUCAUCUACUGUAAUGACCGGGAUAUGACUUCCAUCCCCUCGGGCAUCCCAGAGGACGCUACAGUACUUUUUCUCCAGAACAACCGCAUCAAAAGUGCAGGUAUCCCUACAGAUCUUCGUCGGCUAAACAAUGUUGAAAAGAUCUACCUGUACUGCAACAACCUGGAUGAGUUUCCCACCAACCUGCCACUGAAUGUCAAGGAACUUCAUUUGCAGGAGAACAAUAUCCGGAUGAUCACACAUGCCUCCCUGGCACAGAUUCCCUUUAUUGAGGAAUUACACCUUGAUGACAAUUCAGUGUCAGCAGUCAGCAUCGAAGAGGGUGCUUUCAGGGACAGCAACCAUUUGAGACUGCUCUUCCUGUCACGGAACCACCUAAGCACGAUACCAUCUGGUCUACCAAUGACUAUUGAGGAGCUUCGCUUUGACGACAACCGCAUCUCAUCUAUCUCUGAAGCCUCUCUGCAGGAUCUUAUAAACCUGAAACGACUAGUUCUGGAUGGUAACCUCCUGAACAACAGAGGCAUUGGGGAGAUGGCCUUAGUGAAUUUAGUCAACCUGACCGAGCUUUCGUUGGUACGGAACUCCCUUACGUCCCCACCUGCCAACCUGCCAGGCACGAGCCUGGAGAAGCUUAAUCUUCAAGACAACCACAUCAAUCACGUGCCAGCAGGUGCCUUUGCUUUUCUGCGACAGCUAUACCGCUUAGAUUUGUCAGGCAACAACUUGAGCAGCCUGCCUAUGGGGGUAUUUGAAGACCUGGAUAACCUUACCCAGCUGCUUUUGCGCAACAACCCCUGGUACUGUAACUGCAGGAUGAAGUGGGUACGAGACUGGCUGCGAACUCUUCCAUCUAAAGUCAAUGUACGUGGCUUCAUGUGCCAGGGCCCUGAUAAGGUCAAAGGGAUGGCGAUCAAGGAUCUAACAACAGAGCUUUUUGGCUGCUCUGAAACAGAGGUUUCACCUACAUAUGAGACCAGCACGGUUUCUAACACUCUACCACCUUCUCGACCCCAGUGGCCCAUUUAUGUAACUAAAAGACCUGUGGUUAAGGGGCCAGAACUGGGUAGAAACUAUCGUAGCACAACACCAUCCAGUCGAAAGAUCAUCACGAUAAGUGUCAAAUCCAGUAGCGCUGAGACAGUGCACAUUUCUUGGAGAGUAUCUCAGCCCAUGACAGCCCUGAGGCUUAGUUGGCUAAAGCUGGGUCACAGUCCUGCUUUUGGAUCCAUAACCGAGACCAUUGUGCAAGGGGAGAGAACAGAGUACCUGCUCACAGCUCUAGAGCCUGAAUCCUCAUAUCGGAUAUGCAUGGUUCCCAUGGAGACAAGUAACAUUUACCUGUCAGACGAGACACCUGUUUGCAUAGAAACAGAGACUGGCUCUCUCAAAGCGUACAAUCCCACCACAACCCUGAACAGGGAGCAGGAGAAAGAGCCUUACAAAAAUUCCAAUCUGCCUUUAGCUGCUAUUAUCGGAGGGGCUGUGGCCCUUUUGGCCAUCAUCAUGUUGGCCCUGGUGUGCUGGUAUGUCCAUAGGAAUGGUUCCUUAUUUUCCAGAAACUGCAAUUACAACAAAGGUCGCAGGAGAAAAGACGAUUAUGCUGAAGCUGGGACAAAGAAGGACAACUCCAUUUUGGAGAUUAGAGAGACAUCUUUUCAAAUGAUACCCAUAAAUCACAUGCCGGUGUCAAAGGAGGAGUUUGUGAUACAUACAAUUUUUCCUCCCAAUGGCUUAAGCCUUUACAAGAGUCCACACAGUGACAACAGCAUCAACAACAGAAGCUACAGAGACAGUGGUAUACCAGAUUCCGAUUACUCUCAUUCAUGAUAGUGUGCACAGAUUACAUAGACAUUGAAUUGUGAUUGAGUGACUCAAAGACUGCUUGGUCUUUUGCAAAACACUGGAUUGAAAAGACUGAGUAUGCAUUGUAAUGUACAUUUGCCAUAUAAUUUAUAUUUAAGGACAAUUUAAUACAAGGAGAGAAGGUUCAAAUUGCAGGCCAUCACUGAGCCAUCAGUGUAUGCUGCCACAAACUGCAAUUCUAUAUUUUAGAGAUUUGUAGUAAUUUGUACUGUACUUCCUUUACUUAUGGUUUUAGACCAAUUAAAAAACUUUGUGCUCUA